AGUGAAUCUGAGAAGAGAAGGGCAGACAUUUAAAGAUAGAGAAGAGUUUCCCACAGAGCAUGGCCUCUGCCAAUGAAGAUGGCGUGGAUGAAAGAACGGUGGGCAUUAAAGAAGAGGACUGUGAGCGGCUCACACCAGAGGAUGUGUGUGUGAAGCUGGAGGAUCACGAAGAAAGAAUUUCAGAUUUCAAAGAGGUGGAGAAGUGCAAGGGGGUGACUGCUGCCAUUAAAGCUGAGGAUUUGAAUGAUUUCUCCGUUGGUCUUGAACUUCAAAAGCAUGAAACUGAGGAUAUUUUCAAGCAAGAGGCCUGUGAAGAAUCUCCAUCCAGUUUAAAGCUCUGGUCCACUAAUACGGGACGACUGGCUACACAGGAGAAUUCUGCAGAGCUGAAAUCAGAGUUAUCAGAGUCUGAAGAGAAAAUCACCGAGAGAAAUGGGAGAGAAGGAGAAGAGUCAUCUGGGAGUGUUGGAAUGAAUUUACAGAAGAUGGGCAGUUUCUCUUCACCUUUAUUUGUUCAGCCCUCUCCUCAAUACACAGAGAAAGGUAUGAAUAAAUCGGUAAAAGGAUCAGAGAACCUGACAGUAGCCUUUUUGCAGUGCAGUUCUCUCCCUGCUACUGGAGUAACACAGACAGAAGACAUCAAAACUGAUCGACAGCAAGUGGAGAAAGAAGUCCAAAUUCCUACAGGAAAAAAAUGUUUGGAAUGUGGCAAACAAUUCACACACAGAAGUAGUCUUUAUCAGCAUAUGAAGAUUCACACAAGAGAAAGAACAUAUUGUUGUCAGGUAUGUGGUAAGUCCUUUUCAAGGAGAAGCCAUCUUCAGAGUCACAGAAGAACCCAUACAGGAGAAAAACCUUAUUGUUGUCCUGAAUGUGGUAAAUCAUUCUCAACAAGUAGCCAUCGUCAGAGGCACAGGAAAAUCCACACAGGAGUAAAACCUCAUUGCUGUCCAGAAUGUGGUAAGUUGUUCUCAAGGAGAGGCCAUCUUCAGGACCACAGCAAAAUCCACACAGGAGAAAAACCUUAUUGCUGUCUAGAAUGUGGCAAACAAUAUUCUGACAAACGCAGUUUUCAAAGGCACACACAAAUUAACACUGGAGGUAAUCCAUAUUGCUGUACUCGAUGUGAAAAAAGGUUUUUCAACUUUAACUGUUUUCGAGUCCACACCCAAACUCACCCUGAACAGAAAAUGCAGUAUGUAUGUUCUACAUGUGGCAAAUGUUAUGCAAGAAAAGAUAGUCUUCAGAGUCAUGUCAAAAUUCAUACUGGAGAAAAAUCUUUUUGCUGUUCUAAUUGUGGGAAACGAUUCUUAGAUUUAUGCUUACUCCAGUGCCACAUCAGAUGUCGCAUUGGAGAGAAACCUCACAGUUGCUUGGAGUGUGGCAAACAAUUCUCACGUCUCAGUUCUCUUUAUUGUCAUAGGAGAACUCAUACUGGAGAGAAGCCUUACAGUUGUACUGAAUAUGGAAUGCAAUUCUCAUAUAACAGUUCUCUUCACAAACAUAAAAUAAUUCAUUCUGGUAAGAAACAAAGCUGUUCUGAUGGUGGCAAGGUUUUCUCCGACAGCACGACUCUUAAGGUCAACAUAAGAAUUCACUCCGGAGAGAAACCCUAUUGCUGUCCAGAAUGUGGCAAACAAUUCUCACGUCAGAGCGCACUUGGAUGCCACAGAAGGAUCCACACUGGAGAGAAGCAGUACACCUGUUCUGAAUGUGGUAAAGGGUACUCUUCCAGAAAAGGUUUUCUGAGACACACACAAAGUCAUACUGGAGUAAAGCCUGUCCCAGAAAUGACAAAUGAUCUUUCCAUUGGCUCCUCCACCAAAAAAUAAUAAAGACAAAUCUUCUAAGUGAGUAAAGGACUCCAGUUUAAAGUAGUUAAUAAGUACAUAAGAAUAGUGGAGAAAACACUGAAAGAGGCAAACAGAUUGUAGAUAUAAGGUAACCUCAGUGCUACAUAUGAAUUCACAUUGGAAUGAACACACUGGAAUACAACACACAUUUCACAAACAGCAAAAAUCUUCAACAAAUUUUAUGUGAAAGAAAAUACCUCAUUGUUGUCUUAAAUGUGCUUAAUGCUUUUCAGAUAGCAGUGGCCUUCAUUUUCAUAAAUGACUGGCCUACUUGUGGUAAGCCUCUUGGCUAUUCUGAAUGUUGAAAGUGGUCCUCCUGUAUCAGCCGUCCUCAACAACACGUAAGAUUUCAAGAAGGACUCAGAAACUGUACUGCCAGGACGUCAGCCAUACAGGGACUGAUCAUCUCUGCACCAGUGCUGUGGUAUAAGAUAGUGAACAAUACAAACACCAGACAACAGAAUGAGGUAGCGGCAGUACUGUGCGGUGAUAACAACUUCAACCACAGGUCACAGCUGAAAAAGUUCAAUGUAAUAAUGAAAAGAUGAAGACGUCAGAUCAAAUCCACUGAUUUUAUUGUCUGACAUAUAAGAGAAAAAGGGAAGACAAAGCAGACAACACACAGGGAUCUCUGCUGACCCAGCUGUUAAUUUGAUAAAUUAACCGAAAAAUAUAAUGGAUGUCACUUUGCUAUAUGUCCGUAUAUCCUGGGGUGGUGUGUGAAGUACAGCUUGACUCUUACAAGGACUUAUCUAAAAAGGAUACAUUGGCUAUAAAAUGCAAGAAUGCAGAAAAAUAUUAAAAGUGAAAACCACAAAAUAAAGAGAUGACGUCAAUGAAAUACUCUUGGCGGCAGAGGUGACGUGGACAAAAUCAGAAAGGACAGCACAAAAAAGGCAGGUACCAACAGUAAACAAAAGAAGAAAGCUGAUUGGUGGAAAGAACUGUCAGUCACUCCUGAGUGGACUGUUGAGGAUAGCCGUGACAUGCAGACUUCAAAGUUCAUGUGUUUUUGAUUUCAAAUCUGUUACCAUGUACUUAAUAAGUCUGUUAUUUAUCAGUUCGCAUGUUCUGACACUGUAAUGUCAUCACAAAGAUCACACAAACAUAUAAUGUGGUAUUUGUGAUCAAUCACUUUUGUUGAUUUUUAUGGCACCAUUCAUCAGCCCUGUAUAGAGUGACACUUCCAGAUUGGCAACCCCACUGCACCCCGUAGAACAUUUGGAGUUUGGGACUGGAGCACAAAGUGGAUGGCACUCUGAGAAGGACAGACUUGUAAGACGUGAACAAAGCCAGCUGCCCUCCCUGGUCUGUCUUCAUUCAGAAGGACUCACCUGAGUGGUGGGAUUGUUCUGCGGCGCUCCUGUUGGCCGACAUUUCAUCAGCUUACUUUCUGCGUUUCAUUUGAUAACCAGCAGAGUUAAUCAAAGAUGAGUCAGGCCUGUGUGAAAAAUGUGAACAUUCUUGACAUUUUGUUUUGCUUCUUUACUUUGAGUUCUUGGAGGCCUUGUACAUUAGAGAUUAUUAAUACAUGAGAAUUUGGUGUUAAUAAUGAAUUGACAAUUAAUAAACUGUUUUUAUUGCUAAA